AUGCCUGACGAGAAAGUCCCCUCCCGAAUCGCCUUUAUUGGCAACAUUCCGUAUGGUCUCAGUGAAGAACAGAUCGUUGAUAUCUUCUCCAAGGUCGGACAAGUCCUGUCCUUUCGACUCGUUUACGAUCGCGAUACUGGAAAACCGAAAGGAUUUGGUUUCGCCGAGUAUGCCGAUGCCGAAAUCGCCGCCUCCGCCGUUCGCAACCUCGACAACUUCGAGAUCAUGGGCCGCAAGCUACGUGUAGACUUUUCACACGAGGGAGACAAAGAUGCGCAGGAUGGUUACGAACCUCCGGCUGCUGGAAACCCUCGUGGCAACAUUGCUGGUGGCUCCGCUGCCAAUGCUGGAUCCUCUUCUGGAGCCUCCCUCCUCCCACAACUACCACCCGGCGCUGAGGUUCCGCCGAACCUCGAAGCUCCCGACAUGAUCUCUAAGACUCUUGAGACCCUUCCACCCGCACAACUACUGGACGUUAUCUCACAAAUGAAGCAACUUGCUCUCUCUGACCCUGCGAAGUGCAUGGAACUCCUUCGUAAGGCGCCACAGCUCUGCUACGCUAUCUUCCAGGCGUUGCUGUUGAUGAAUCUGGUGGAUCCAUCUAUUCUGAGCCAGGUCAUUGAGAGCUCUGGUGCUGCUACAAAUACCGCUCCGCCACCUCAACAGCAGCAAUACCAGCCACCUCCACCCCCACAGCCAGCACAACCGGCAAUGGACCCUAAUAAAGCAGCUCUCGUUCAACAAGUCAUGUCACUCACACCGGAACAAAUCUCUAUGCUCCCACCGGAACAACAGGCUGCUAUCCUUCAGUUGAGACAGCAGAUCAUGGCAGGAGGUAUUUAG